AACGGGCGACAGCAAAAAGUCAUGCAUGAUAACCGUGCCCGGCGUCGGUCGCUUCAAUCAAUACGUCAAAUACGACUUUGCAAAAUGGACAAGUUUUCCUCUUGGACUUGCUAUCAGCAAUUACGGCAUCACAGCGGACCCCGACGACGACGAACACCCUUUUGAUCAACAUUAUGGUCCCAAUAAUGUGAUCUUGAAACGCGGUCGCCCGUUGCAGCUGAGGGUCCCUGGAGGACAGACACACUCGCCUAUUCAAGGUGCUGAGUUCACGACUGCUUAUGAUGAUAUUCUUUACGCUUCUGUACGCACGGUAGCGAAAGUGAGCGCUGUGCCUGGCACUUGUCAUGACAUCGAGAUCCGCACUUCGUUCCCCGACCAAAUCUUCCUCACCAACCAAAAGACCUCUGCCAGAGCUGCUGAGUCCACCUUCUCCAUCGACCCUCCUUGCGAUAUGAGUGCUGGGUUCCACGAGUAUAGAUUUGAUUGGCUGAAGGGCGCGACCAAGUUCUAUGUGGAUGGAGAGUAUGUGGGUGCGAUGAAGAAGAAUGUGCCCACGGNNAACAAUUGGGCCAAUGGUGGAAGCUGGAGUGGUGGACCCCCGGAGAAGGACAAUAUUUUGGAGAUCCAGAGUAUUGAGAUGUACUAUAACAGGACGAGCAUUACUGGGGUGAACUGUAAG